AUAUUAACUAUCCGCAUCCUACUUCCAAAACGGUUCAAUGACUGGGGUUCAUUGGUUUCAUCAAACAUCAGGUGAAAACUGACAUACGCGCAGAGAACGGUUGUCUUUCCAUACAGCCGUCUAGGUGAUGAAGGGAUUGUUGCUCGCGUCGGUGGUUAUUUCCGUCCUAUCGUUGUUCGCCGGUGAACCAGACGGCGCCCGAGAAUGGCAGAUCCUCACCAAGCAGAACUUCUCCUCCCAGAUCCGCGUCCACCCUCACAUCCUCCUCAUCGUCACUGUCCCGUGGUGUGGCGAAUCUCGGUCCCUGAUGAAGGAAGUAGCCCGGAUGGUCGCCGAAAGGCGGGAGGAGUUUGGCUCCCUGAAGCUGAUGUUUUUGUAUAGAAACACGGAGAGAAUGGUAGCAAGUGCUAUUGGUGCGGCGGAGGGGAUUUCGGUUAUCUAUUAUCACCAUUCUGUGUCGUACAACUACCGAGGAAAGCUUCGAGCAUGGAAUAUUUUGCAUUCGGUUCAUUGGUAUUUAUCGAUUUCGCCUGAAGAGCCCCUCAAACGGUUUGAUUCUCAAGAGGACUUGAAGUCGUUGCUCGAGUCAACAGACCGGGCGUUCCUUCUGGGUGAAUUUUGUGGAUGGUCUCCUAGUUUGAUGGCGAAAAUUAGGAACAAUGGAACUGAAGAUGAUUUCCGCAUGCAGGGCUUCAGUGGAGAGAGAGAUAUGCCAUCCCCAUCAAUAGGGAAAGAUAAUCAGAAGGGAAUGGCAGAUGGGCACCUGAAGUGUGGCAUUGAAAAUGUGACUGGUGGUAUUCCUUGGCUUCCAGAAGUCAGUUCAGUGAAUAAGAGUGUCUCUUUACAAGAGACUGAAAAUAUGAAACCUGGCCUUGGAUUGGCAUGUGCCUUUAAAGAAUUUCAGCAAUUUGAGUUAUUUUUCUCAAAGUUCAUCUCUGUUGCAAGAGAAUUCUCCCUACCUCCUGAAAGGCAUGGAUUUGGUCUCAUAUCUAAUAGAUCAUUGCUUUCAUCUCUUGGUGUUGGAGUCUCUGGCUCAUGGUUGGCAGUGCUUUCCUUUAGUGGAUGUCCCGGUUGUUCAAUGAUUCUCAAAGAUGGUGAUGCGCUCAUACAUGCUCUACAGUUGGAUAAUUCAGUCGUGCGAGAGCUAGAUGUUGAUGGGCAAGAUCUUGAGCCAGCUUUACCUGCAAAUAAACCAUCAGUGAUUCUCUUUGUUGAUAGAUCAUCUGAUUCAUCAGAAACCAGAAGAAAAGGUAAGGAAGCUCUUGAUGCUCUUAGAGAACUAGCAGUUCACAAUCAGAUGUCUGAUCAGAUUGGGACACAAAGUGUUCACCAACUAGACAAAUGGUCAGUCCAAGCCUACCAAGAAUUGAAAGAGAAACAUCCUAUACUACGGCUAUCUUCAACUGCUCAGAAGAGUAAAUUAAAGGAUAAGAUGUCAGUCAUGAUUAUAAAUGAGGGUAAGCAUGUCUCUCUAGAUAAGAUUGGUUUAGAUUUACAAGGUAGUUCCUUGCAUGAAGUCUUCGCACAAAUUCUUCAAAGAAGUAAGGAAGCCAAAUUAAGCUCUCUAGCAAAGGAAUUAGGUUUUCAUCUUCUAUCAGAUGAUUUUCACCUCAAAAUGGAAGGGGCAUCAACAUCAGAAACAAAAGUUGAGUCUAAUGUUGGCUCAACAUCACCUUCUAUGGAAGGUCCUGUGACAAGCAUUAUUGAUUCAGGCAGGGAUCAGACAUCAUUUACAGAAAGCAAAUCAGGCAUGGAGGAGGACAAAAACUUGAAAGUUGCUGAUGUCAAACCUUCUUAUUAUGAUGCAAACAAGAUAGCUUCUGCUGAUGCAAGUGAAGAGUUGGUAUCUUUACAACCAGACAAAGUUCUGGUAGAUCUUGAGCUUGAUAUGAAUGACAAUGUGAAUGUGGAAAAAGAAAGCUUUUCAGAGGCAGAUAAGUCAGCAGAACAAGAGAUCAAAUUUGAAGGUUUUAAAGUUUCCUUUUUCUUUAGUGACAGCAACUACAGGUUACUUAGAUCUUUGACUGGCAGGUCCUUAGUUCCAUCUUUGGUUAUUGUUGAUCCCAUAUCAAAGCAACAUUAUGUCUUCCCUGAAGACACAAAUUUCAACUAUUUUUCACUGUCCAAUUUUCUGCAUGGAUACUUUAAUGGAGGUCUUGUUCCUUAUCAACAGUCAGAGUCCAUUGUUCAAAGCCCUAGGCAAGCCGUUCCUCCUCCAUUUGUUAAUCUGGAUUUUCAUGAGACAGAUUCUAUUCCUCAAGUUACAACUCACACUUUCUCUAAGUUCCUUUUUGAUUUAAAGCAAUCUGACAAUGAUAACUCUACACAUGCUUGGAAAGAGGAUGUUGUGGUACUAUUUAGCAGCAGUUGGUGUGGUUUUUGCCAGCGAAUGGAAUUGGUUGUUCGUGAACUAUAUCGGGCAAUAAAAGGCUACAUGAAGAUGUUGAAGGGUGACUCUGGGAAGGAACAAACAAUUUUUAGUGCUGACAACUCAAUGAAUAUGAAACUACCACUUAUUUAUUUGAUGGAUUGCACAUUGAACGACUGCAGUUAUAUCCUCAAAUCAAUUAACCAGAGGGAAGUUUAUCCUGCACUGAUGUUAUUUCCAGCAGGGAGUAAAAAGGCAGUCUCCUAUGAAGGAGAUAUGGUGGUAGCUGAUAUUGUCAAGUUUAUAGCUCAUUAUGGAAGUUAUUCUCGCCAUCUCUUCAGUGAGAAGGGGAUUUUAUGGACCAUAACCAACAAAGGUGAAAGGAAUCAGUAUUUAUUUGAGGAUGCAUCAGGAGCUGCAACUAAGGAAGAAGGCCCUGUUACAAAGGACAAAUUCCAUGAAGUUCUUUUGAAAAACCAGACACCAAAAAGAGUCAGCAAGUACGCCUGGGUCGACUCUAAUUCAAGCGGAUCAAAAGGCUCACAUGACACCAUGCCUCGUCUGGUGGUUGGUUCCAUCCUCCUUGCUACUGAUAAACUUCUCAAUGCAUCCCCAUUUGACAAGUCAAUGAUAAUCAUUGUUAAGGCGGAAAAGGACACUGGAUUUCAAGGUUUGAUUUUUAACAAGCACGUCAGUUGGGACUCUCUUCAUAAACUUGAAGAAGGCCUAGAAUUCCUUAAAGAGACUCCUCUUUCUUUUGGUGGCCCUAUUAUAAAACCUGGAACACCGCUUGUUGCAUUGAAAAGAAGUGCCAGUAAAAAGCAGUACCCAGAAGUCCAAACAGGUGUGUACUUUCUCGAUCAGUUUGCUACAAUUCAUGAAAUUGAAGAGCUGAAGUCAAGCAAGGAAUCUAUCACCGACUAUUGGUUUUUCUUGGGCUAUGCGGGUUGGGAUUGGGACCAGUUAUUUGAGGAGAUUGAUGAAGGGGCAUGGACUAUAAGCAACAUCGAUAAGAGUUUAGGUUGGCCAUUGAGUUGACAAUUUGGUAUGUUAUUAUUCCUGUACAAGAAAAGGAAAAAGUUAAGCACAGGAAAAAAACCAGAGGGGGGAGUUAUAGCAUACAUGUCAAAUGAUCUGCUGUUACACAAUUUUGAAAGGAGCAUGUAAAUACAAGAUUUUGCAGUCCGUUUCUAAGAUAAAUUUCAGGCGAAAACUAACUCCGGAACAUUUAUGAACGUUUUUCUGUAAUAUAGUUCCUUCUCCUCAGCCAUCAUCUCUAUCCCCUCAACAGUUAGGGAGGAUGAAUAAAAGUGGGAUUUUUUCCCUCAAUUUGAGGGAAAGAGGUUGCCACCCUCUUUUGAGGGAAAGAGGUUGCCACCCUCUUUUGAGAGUUUAUGUCUAAGCUUUCUUAGUACAUUUUAUCUUAUCGAGUUUUGCUUAUGGUAGAGAAUAAAGAUAGUGUAGAUUU